AUGACCGUGGGGGAGUAUGCAACUAUGUUCCAAGAGUUAAUGAAGUACUGGCCUCACUAUCAGCAUGGGGAUGGAGAGGAAGAUCUAUGUGCUCAAUUUGAGCAUAGAUUGAGGCCAGACAUCCAAUCUGCGACCAGUGUGUUCCAACUGACGGACUUGCCCACUUUGUCAAGAGGAAGUUUGUCUCUAGAGAAGAGCAGUGGGAGUGGCUCAGGAUCAGGUUCUUUUAGAGGAUCGAUCAAAUGUUUCAGGUGUGGCGGGCCACACAUGGUGAAGGACUACCCACAGCCGCGAAUUACAUGCAGUAACUAUGGGAAGUCAGGGCACACUGCUAAUGUGUGCUGGGCCGCCAAGAGGGGUGGCAGUACUAGCAUUGCACAGAAGCCUGAAUCAAGGGGGAGCAUGGGGCUAAGUACGGGGCAGAAGCUGUUCAUUCCUGGUAGGGUCUUUGCUAUAAGUGGGGCAGAGACUUCACAGUUAGAGGAGCUGAUAUGA